CAUUGUCUCAGGUUUUAGCCAUAAGUGUGACAGAAGUGCAGAACUCCUAGAAGAUGGUGAGCGGAAUGGAGACAAACAAUAAGCCAAACAAUAACAGUAACCCCACGAGUGAGUCGAUCACAGCGGUGGCCAGGGAGUUCGUCAGACAGUACUACACCAUUCUCAACAAGAACCCCAACCUCAUGCACAGAUUCUAUUCGGGCGACUCCUACUUCGUGAACGGGGCGCUCGACCGGCCGGGAGAGGUGUCGGUCGCCGUCUACGGCCAGGAGAACAUCAAUAAGAAGAUCCUGGACCUGAACUUCAAGGACUGUCACGCGAAGAUCAUUCAAGUGGACGCCAUGGAGACCAUUGGCAAAGGCGUUGUCAUUCAGCUGUCGGGCGAGUUCUCCAACGACGGCCAACCGAUGCGCAAGUUUUUGCAGACCUUUGUGUUGGCGCCGCAGUCGCCCACAAAGUUUUACGUCAAGAACGACAUCUUCCGCUAUCAGGACGACAUCUUCGUCGACGACGACGACUACACCGACGCCGAGAAGGCGUCCACCGAUGGAGGGCUCGAUAAGAGCGAAGUGCCGCUCCUUAAGCCCAUCGAUCGCGAGGAGACGAUU